AUGUGGCGACUGGCUUCCCUUUUCAUAGGGGAUGACGAAGUCGUUGGCAUUGAAUCUCCCAGAUAUGAACUGAUAAGCAGAUUGGUUGACAAAAAUCAAUCACAACGAGCAGUGAUCUCGGUGGUUGGGAUGGGUGGAAUCGGCAAGACCACUCUUGCCAAGAAAAUUUAUGACAGCCAAGAAACCGCACACUUCAAUUGCAAAGCGUGGAUCACUAUCUCUCAAUCAUACAAGCCAGAGGAGCUCCUCAAAAAAAUGAUAAAGCAGCUAUCGGGAAGCGAUGUUCUACCCGACGAGGGAAUUGAGUCACUCAUUGACAAGUUAAGAGGAUAUUUAUCCAAAAAGAGGUACAUCAUCAUGUUUGAUGAUGUAUGGGAAACUGAUUUUUGGGGAUCCAUAAGACAUGCUUUACCCAAAAACAGUGACGGCAGUCGGGUAAUCAUCACCACACGUAGUGAGCAAGUUGCUACAUUUUGCAAAGAAACUUCAGUGGAUCAUGUCCACGAACUUGAAGCCCUAUCCGAAGAGAAGGCUUGGGAACUCUUCUGCAAGAAAGCUUUCCAAUUGGAUUGUCCCCCUCAGUUGAAGGAAGUAUCACAAGCAAUUGUUAGAAAGUGUCAAGGUUUGCUACUUGCAAUUGCAGCUAUAGGUGGUCUCUUGUCCACCAAAAAAAAGGACAUAUCCGAAUGGCGAAAAUUCUAUGAUGGCAUGAACUCUGAGUUAAAAAGGAAUCCUAAUCUUAAAAGCAUUAGCAAAAUUUUGUUGUUCAGUUAUAAUGAUCUGCCUCACCACCUCAAAUCUUGUUUCUUGUACUUUGGCAUAAUGCCAGAAGACUACUCUAUCCAAGCUGGAAGACUAAUUCGGCUAUGGAUAACUGAGGGUUUUGUUGAAAAGCAGAACAGAAAAACAUUGGAAGAAGUUGCAGAAGAAUACUUGACUGAGCUGAUCCAUAGACGCCUAGUUCUAGUGUCAACAACAAAAAUUGAUGGAUACAUGAUGUAG